AUGCCUCCGCGCGCCAGAAGAGGCGGGGCUUCUCGCAAGACCCCCGCAUCCACCUCUGCCCGCGGAAAGGCUUCCCCUGCCGCUGCCGCUUCCCCCGCUUCCCAGCACGGACUUUUCGACAGCCCCAGCGUUGCUGAGGUUCCGAUCGCUGCGUCGCCGCUCGCGCUGCCUGGGAAAUCUCCUGCAAAAUCUCCUGGGGGUCCUGCUGCGGUUGACGGGUCGCCAGGGCAGACUGGCAGACAGCUGAGGAGCCAGAAGCCUGGAGAGUCCCCGAGCCUGCCGAACGGAGGGUCGCCGAAACCUCGGGGAAGGAAGCGAGGAUCGUCAGAUGGGGAGAAGGACGCUAAGAGACGGAAGUCGGGCGAGAAGGGCAAGGGAGCCGCGUCACCAGCAGGGAAGGCCGCGGCAGCAGCAGCAGCAAAGGCAGUAGCAUCGCCAGCAGCACGGAAAGCAGGAAAGGCAGGGAAAGCGGGGGCAGAAGGGGAAGCGGGAAAAGAAGGGGAAGAGGAGAAAGGAGGGGAAGGAGGGGAAGCAGAGGAGACGGUAAAGCAGGAAGACGCAGACGAGGCUGCUGAGAGAGAGGACGAGGGGGACGCGGACGAAGAGCAGGGGGGUUCAGGCGAGGAGUCUCCAGCAGGGGGGGAGCAGCAACGGCGGGGCGCGCGCAGAGCACGCGGAGGAGGCAGGGGGGGAGCGGGAGGCGCAAGCAGCGGCGCAGGGGCUCGCGGACGGGGUCGUGGGGCGCGGGGGAGGGGGGGAAAGGCUGGCGCUGGUCUUGUUUCCCCUGACCGCCCCAUGUCCCCAGGGGGAGCGGCAGGCGCGGGGAAAGGAAGAGGCCCCAGGAAGCGGUCCCCUGCUCCCCCUGAUGGGGAGGCAGGCGGAGCGGGGAAAGGGGGAAGGGGCGGCGGGGCGGCGGGAGGGGCGGGGAGAGGCGGGGAGGAGCUGCAGGAGGUGGUGCACGAGGCUGGGGCGGCGGGGAGUGCGAUUGUGAGGGAUGAGAAGGCGUUGGACUCGGUUGUGAAGGUGUUCUGCGUGCACACUGACCCUAACUUCUCCCUCCCGUGGCAGCGCAAGAGACAGUACAGUUCCAACAGCAGCGGGUUCAUCAUUGAGAACCGCCGUGUGCUCACCAACGCUCACUCUGUGGAGCACCACACGCAGGUGAAGGUGAAGAAGAGGGGAUCAGACACCAAGUACCUGGCAACAGUGCUUGCUGUGGGCACAGAGUGCGAUAUAGCUCUACUGUCAGUGGAGGACGAUGAGUUCUGGAAGGACGUGCAGCCGCUCAAGCUCGGAUCUCUCCCGCACCUACAGGACCCGGUGACAGUGGUGGGAUAUCCGAUCGGUGGCGACACCAUCUCAGUCACAAGCGGAGUGGUGUCGCGCAUAGAGGUGACAGCGUACGUGCACGGGGCGUCAGAGCUGCUGGGCGUGCAGAUCGACGCCGCCAUCAACUCAGGGAACUCGGGCGGGCCGGCGUUCAACGCGGCGGGCGAGUGUGUGGGGAUUGCGUUCCAGUCGAUGCGGGGGGAUGAGGCAGAGAACAUCGGGUACAUCAUCCCCACGCCCGUCAUCCACCACUUUAUUUCUGACUACGAUCGCAACGGCCACUACACCGGUUUCCCCAUCCUGGGAGUGGAGUGGCAGAAGAUGGAGAAUCCAGACAUGCGCAAGGCGCUGGGCAUGGAGGCGGGGCAGAAGGGCGUGAGGGUGAGACGGCUGGAACCCACCUCGCCUGCCGCCCAGCUGCUACAGACUUCAGACAUCUUGCUCUCCUUCGAUGGCGUGGCAGUGGCAAAUGAUGGCACAGUGCCAUUCCGCAAGGGCGAGCGCAUAGGCUUCAGCUACCUGGUGUCUCAGAAGUACGAGGGGGAGACGGCGCAGAUCAGCGUGCUGAGGGCCGGCAAGGUGCUGCAGCUGCAGGUGGAGCUGAGGCGGCACAAGCGCAUGGUGCCCGUGCACAUCGCAGGGCUGCCUCCCUCCUACUUCAUCGUGGCGGGGAUUGUCUUUACGUGGGUCACUGUGCCCUACUUGAAGGCGGAGUACGGCAAGGACUAUGACUACGAUGCGCCGGUGAGGCUGCUGGAUAAGCUGAUGCACCGUAUGAGACAGUCGGAUGAUGAGCAAGUGGUGGUCAUCUCUCAGGUGCUGGUGGCAGACGUGAACAUCGGCUACGAGGAGGUGGUGAACACGCAGGUGGUGGGCUUUAACGGCGAGCCAGUGAAGAACCUGCUGCAGCUCUCUCGCCUCGUGGACGACUGCACUGACCCCUUCAUGAAAUUCGACCUGGAUUACGACCAGGUAGGCCUGGGGGAUUGCAGAUCAAUGGAUGGGGUGUUUGGGUGUCUACAAGGUGUGGUGGUGGAGGAGUGCACUGAGGCAAUCAUGCCUUUCGAUCUGGACUACGAUCAGUCGCUAGCCGUCGGCGACCAUCUAGACGGCGGGAGGUUGCAAGCAGACGAGGGGCUCAAGCGCGGCCACGAACUUUUCAAGCAAUGGGAGGAGGCGUACGGGCUGCAAAAAGAGUCCCUUAUGCCCCCGGAAAAGAUUUCCCUUCCCGCUGACGUGGCAGCAGCUCCGCAUUUGGAGGCGUGCAGCGAGGUGUCGGCGCACAGACGGGCGGCGGAGGAGCGAGGGCCCAAUGGGGAGUCCCCUGAGUGGGCUCGACCUAAAGACUGCUGCGGAUGCAACCCACAGCCACCAUGGAUUCGCGGGUCCGACGCAGCCAAUCUGGGCAUGACACGUGUGGCACAGAGGGACAUCUGGGAGCACCAGUUCCCGCCCAAUCGGUGUGAGGAGCGGCGCCUGCUCAUUGCUCACUGGGCCUACAUCGCCCAUGGGAUCGGGUCACAGUUGCACAUCAUAACAGCCAUUCUCAGCCUAGCCAUGCGCCACAACCGCACGCUGGUUCUCCAGUAUCCGUCGUUUGAUCGCGCCAAGCACGACGAGUGCAAUGCCACAGGAGCGUGGGGCACGUUCAACUGCUACUUCUUCCCUCUGACCUCUCCUGACUGCGAGGAGAUCGCACUCAAGUCCAACAGCACCGGGGCGCUGCCGCCCUGCUGCACGCCCAGCACCAAGGAGGAGGUGCUUGCAUCAGACCACCCCAUCGUGUGCUUCCAUGGGGAGCCCUUCAAUGGGCUUCAGUUCGAAGCCAGCAUUACCAGCCAGUGGGGCACGGCCUACUUGGAACGACCCAACAUGAUCGAGCUGCAGGGGCAGGUGGAGAGGGACAAUCCGCAGCACAUCAAGGUGCACUGGUGGCGUAGCCAAGCACUACGCUUCAUGCUGCGCUGGCCCUCACCGUACCUCUGCCAUCUCACCAACCGCAUCCGCCACGGUGCCUACGGGCUCCGCGUGGCAACCCACACGGUGCAGGCCCGCGAUCGCAGCGCCGCCCUCCUCCGACUCUACAAUGACCACCUUGCUGCUGCCUCCGCCUCUUCCCUCCCUGCUUCUGCCUCCUCAACGUCUCUCCGCCCCCUCAGUCUCAACCACACUGAUCCAUCUUUCCUUUCCUUUGCCGACCCAUCCAUGCAACUCCGGGCCUGGUCCGGGCUCGGCGUCGCCAGCUGCUCAGGCUCGGCAAGCUCUCCCGGACCUGCGCCAAGCUUCCGAACCUAUCUGACGAGCCUGUACGAGGGGGUGGGGCGAGAGGCGUAUAUGCCUCGGCCGAUGGUGAGCCUGCACAUUCGGCAGGGCGACAAGGGGAGUGAGAUGAAGCUGAGCUCUUUCAACUCCUUCAUGUUCUAUAUGCACCGCCUCAGACUCCACGUUCCCGACAUUCGAUUUGUGUGGAUCAGCACUGAAAUGCAGUCUGUGAUCGACCAAUCAGCACAGUUCAAGGAUUGGACCUUCUUCUACUCGCAGAACGAGAGGCAGCUGGGCGACAUGCGGCUGAUCGACUAUGAGAAGAAGGCUGGCAGGGCACAGCUGGUGGGGGUGAGCUUUGCCAACCUGAUUAUCUCAUCGGAGUGCGACUACUAUGUGGGCGUGCUCGGGUCCAACUGGAACCGGCUGAUCAAUGAGAUGCGGGCCACGAGUGGCAGGGUGUUUGCUGGUUAUGUCGCGAUAAACAAUGGUGAAUUCUAG